AUGUCAGAAUGCCAGGCCGUUGGCCCUCUGGAUAUGGUGGAAAGUCUACGAGCACAGGGCUCCAGGAACCGCCAUCCAGCAAGAAGUGUGGAAGUACGCACCAGAGGCUCGCGUGAAAUGGGCGAGACUGACGUUGCCGACUCCAAGGAACCGUUGAACGCCGGCAUGCCGACAUACCCGACUCGAGACGCACCUCGGCCGCACAUGCCUGCGUCCCGCUCCCUCCCGCCGCUCGAGACUCUCCACACCGCGUCCCCGCCCGUCUCUGCCAUCUUCCCAUCUCCAGUCAUCCCCAUGGACCUACAAGCGCCCCCACAUCGACCGCGCCGACCGGAUCGCGUCUAUCUGUACAGCCUCGGUGUGCUGUCAGGUACAACAUCACUCAGGCCCAGCAACCGUCUGCUGGGGACGCAUCGAGCGUCCACCGAUGCCUGUUGUCUCGCCGAGUCGCGCCGAGCAGCCCCACGACGCGCUCAGGCUACACCCAUGAACCGACCCCGCCCACCCUUGAUCCCUUCUUGUGACCUGUAG